AUGCCAAAGAACAGAUACAACAUCUUGGUUGAGAAGUCAGAUGCAAGAGACUCUCCGGUAAAUCAAGAGGAUCUGAGCCUGACACUUGAGUCAUCUCUAGUUCUUUCAGGAACAAAGUAUCCGGAGCCUAGGACAAGAAUUUCCUUCAGCUUCGUAUCUGCAUCUGAACUUGGAGUUAUCAAGCUUUUCUUUGUCACGAUAACUCAUUCCAGAUCAAGUGGUGAGUACUAUGGCUUUGACUCGUCAGAAAGCUGUGUGGUGAUCUUUCCAAACAAACUGAAUGUAGGGAGGAGGUAUGAGAUUUACGGGAGGCUUGAACAUAAAAGUCGUAAAGUGCUGUACUGUAUAAGUGCCAAGGAGAUAUGCUAUAGAAGACUGUGCUAUGAAAUAUUCUAA